AUGUCCUCUCUCAAAGAGUACCUUGGGAAAAAAGUCCGUGUGAUCACCACCGAUGGCAGACUCUUCGAAGGCACCUUAGAGUGCUUUGAUCAUUCAACCAAUCUUGUCAUUGCCCACACCGUCGAGUGGAUUAUACACGCCAACGAAGAAAACGAGAGCCUUCCGUUGGGUGUAUAUUUGCUUCGAGGUGGCAGUGUUGUUUGUGUUGGAGAGGUUGACGAAACCCAAGGUUUGGAUUGGAUGAGUGUGAAAGGUGAUGACCUUAGAGGAACAAAGAACCCGCUCUGA